GCAUGUCAACGGGGUUAGUGUCGCAAUGGAGCUGCUUGCGUUCGUUGCACCACUAGUUUUGCUUUGCAGUUUCAUCAGCCCCGUGCACUCCUUGUACGAAUUUGCAACAUGGACGUAUCUAACGUUCGAAAACAUCACCUCAUCCAAUUACAUUCCAGAUUAUGUUAUUUUCACCGGAAUUCAGGCCACCUCAAGUCGGUGCUUCCUGUCGAUCCCGCGAUUGUUUCCCGGCGUUCCUGUCACACUGGCCACAAUCCCGUCAACCGGAGGCCCUUACAAAAACAAAGACCUGAAGCCCUUCCCCAAUUUGGAAUACCAGCUCGGUUUUGCCGAUCAGUGCCAGUCGCUGGUGUCCGUCCAUCGCUCCAGGCUGGACUCCUGCGGUCUACUUUGGGUGCUGGACACCGGCUCUAUCAACGCCCUAGACUAUUUCAGCCAAAUCUGUCCCCCAAAACUGGUGGUUUUCGACGCCAGCACAGGUGUUGAGGUCUUCAGAAUCGUUAUUCCGGAGAACGUCCUGAGACAGGACUCUCUACUGGUUUCCAUGGCGAUGGACAGGCGGGGCACCACGAAACUCCUCACCUGCCCGCAGGCCGAGGAACUGGUCAUCUACAUCAGCGACGUGACUGGAGGAAUCAUUGUCUACGACCACAGCACCAGAACCUUCUGGAGGCAGGAGCAUCCCACCUUCAAACCCGACCCUAAGUUCGCUAGCAUAACCAUGAAUGGCGAGUACUUCUAUCAAGAGGAGGGAAUUUUGGGUAUGCACGUUGGCUUGUUGCGCAUGCAGACCAAAGUUCUGUACUACCAGCCCUUCUCCAGCAAGAACAUCUACGCCGUCCGCACCGAUUCCCUCCUGAUCAAGGACAAUGCUAACUUGGCGGUGGAAACGAUUUACGAAAAAAGUUCCCAAGGCGCCGGUUUGACCGUGGAUGCUUUCGGACGAGUCGUCUUCAGUCCGGUCAAGGAAAAUAGCAUCCAGGUGCUCAACACAGUCACCAACCGGACACUGCUGCUCGCCCAAGACGACGAAAAGCUGCAGUUUGUGGCCGACUUUUCCUACGACUCGGCAGACACGCUGUGGAUGAUUUCCAACAAAUACCAGUCGUUCAUUAACAGGUACUACAGCAAGGACGGAAUCAACUUGCGAAUCCUGCGGAUUCCUUUCAGUCAGCAGUUCAGAGUUGUUUAACGCAAAAAAACCGGCUCCCUUAAAAGUUGCUUUAUAUAUUCAGAAUGAUUAUUCUAUUUUUUAUACAAUAAAUCGUUUAUUAUUA